AUGGAGCUAGCCAAAAUUUUCCUAUUAUUUUUUUUUUUAAAUGUAAAUAUGCUUGUGUGUAGUAUAGCAAAACAUAAAGACAGUGGAAUAGAGCAUUCUACAAUAAAAAAUAAUAACAUGAUAAAUAAAAAUAUUAUGAAUGUCUUAAAGUCAGUUAGUUUAGAAGAAAAUAAAAAAACAGAAAAAAACAUUUUAUAUGAUUUGUCUUAUUAUAUGAAUUUUUUAAAAAUUUUAAGUGGUAUAAAUUCUCAACAAAUGGAAUAUGAAGGAAUUAUAAACAUUGAUAAUACAAAAAGGAAGGGAAAAAAUAUAAAGGAUGUUAAUAUUAUUUAUUCCUCAAGAAAAAAAUAUAAAAAUAAUGUUGAUGAUAUAAAGAAAAAUAUGAAUAAAUUUGUAUUUUCCUAA